GGUGUUGGGGUGUGCGGAGGCGGGGAGCGGCGGCGCCGGUCCCGGUGGCUGAGUCGGGAAGGGGGCCGGUCGGCGGCCGUGGGUACCCGGCAUGGGGCUGCUGACCGAGCUGGCCCGCGGGCUGGUGCGGGGCGCCGACCGCAUGUCCCCGUUCACCAGCAAGCGCGGCCCCCGGAGCUACAACAAGGGCCGAGGGGCCAGGAGGCCGGGCGUGCUCACCUCGAACAAGAAGUUCAUCCUCAUCAAGGAGAUGGUGCCGCAGUUCGUCGUCCCCGACCUGGAAGGCUUCAAGCUCAAGCCGUAUGUCUCCUACCGCGCCCCGGAGGGCUCCGAGCCGCCUAUGACAGCCGAGCAGCUCUUCACUGAGGUGGUGGCUCCCCACAUCAAGAAGGAUGUGAAGGAAGGCACUUUUGACCCCAACAACCUGGAGAAGUACGGCUUCGAGCCAACGCAGGAGGGCAAGCUCUUCCAGCUCUUCCCCAAGAACUACGUGCGGUAGGCAGCGAGCGGCAGGGCUCCCGGCGCCGUGGAGAGCAUCACCACCGUGAGACAUGACCUGCGCCGGCAAACAUGGGACAGUUGCUGUCACUGGCUAUUAAAAGCAAAUCCUUCCA